UGAAAACUGAUUUCAAUAGUUCAUAUGAGCUGCAGCUCCUGCCAGAUGAGAGCUCAAUCAUGAUGGUUUCUCAUCGUUUAUACUGGAAGUUGUGGAUGUUUUGGUGUUUUGGACAACAUUUAGGUCAAGUUCUGCAGUUUUCUGAUCCGACUAAUGGAGAAGUGGGAAAAAGCGUGAAGCUCGCCCCUGAUAACCCACCCUCAUCCACGUCCAUUUUUAGAACUGAAUGGUUAUUUACAACAAAUCUUAUUAUUACAGCACAAUCUGGUGAAACUAAAAUAUUCCCUGCAUAUGAAGAGAGAGUCGAGUUUGACAUCAACACUCUCUCUCUGACGCUGCAGAAUCUGACACUGGGUGAUUCUGGAAUAUACACACUCCGAGUAACAGCUUUUGCUGGAGGUGUUAUUGAAAGAAAAACUUCACUACAAGUGUUCGAAAAAGUAUCUAAUGUCAGGCUUAUUGGUCCAGAAGAAUUAUUAAUAGAGGGCAAGUCAUCUGCUAACAUCACCUCUGAGGGAACUGGCAACAUCACCUCUGUGGAGUGGAUUAAAGAUAACAGUCCUCUGUCUCCUAGCAACCGCAUCAUCUUCUCACCUGAUAACAGAUCAGUGUCCAUCAGUCCAGUGCAGAAAUCAGACAAUGGGGAAUAUCAAUGUACUUAUAGAAACCCUGUCAGCUCUGAAAUGGCAAAACUCCCCCUGACCAUCAACUAUGGACCAGAAGAUGUUUCUAUUAAGGGUCCGGAUGUGGUGGAUUUAGGGGUCAGUGUGUCUCUGUCUUGCUCUGCAAAUUCUAAACCUUUUGCCUCAUUCAGCUGGAGGUUUAAUGGAACAGACACCAAUGUGACCACAGACACUUUCACCAUAGCUGAGACUGACUUCACACACAGUGGAGAUUACGAAUGCACUGCCUCGAAUAAUGUCACAAAGAGAAGCAACUCACAAAGUCAUGCUUUACAAGUUGAAGUAGGUGGUGGAGGAGGAGGAGAAGGAGGGGGACUAACAACAGGAGCGAUAGUUGGGAUUGUCAUUGGAGUUUUAGUGCUUGUUGCAGGCAUUUGUGGUCUUAUUGUCUAUUUAACAAAAACCAAGAAAAUACCAAAUCUAACCCUUCACAAAAAUGGACGGGCAAGUGGAGCACCUGCAGCACAAAGCAGACAAGAGCCUGAAUUGAACUAUGCAGACAUAAGCCAUUUUCAGAAGGCUGGUGGAGAGAGAGUGAUUCUGGGGAGUAGUAGUGAGCCUAGUACAGAGUAUGCAGAAGUAAAUCCUGGAGCCAAGUCAAAGGCUCCUCCACCUCCCUAUGGAAGUCAGGUAUCAAACCCUCCUCUGCGCAGAAUUCAAUUUCAGACUCAUCUGAAUUCUGUGGAAGAAGUAAAGUAUUUUCUAGUUAGGAUUUCCAAAAUGGGACAUCAAUUACUUGCCUUCUUCCUCGCCUUAAUCUGUAUUCCAGGUCUUUGUGCAGUGACACUGGUUCCAUCACAAAACCCUGUGGCGGUCGGGAGCAAUGUCACCAUAAGUUUGAAGGACCCCAUCGACAUUACAGUUGGGAGCUGGUUGUUUCGGUCUGGUACAAUGUUCAUAUGGGUAACACCAAACAUUUACCGGGGUAGUAGCCACCAAGAUGGAAUAUUUUUAAACAUCACUACUUAUCAGCUCACCUUAUUGUCAGUAACUCUGAAUAGCUCCGGCUUGUAUGUAUUGGAGGCCUUGAGUCCAAACAGUUCCAGAGCGGAUAUUACAUUAGAUGUUCAGGAACCUGUCAGUAAUGUUACUGCAGAUGUAAGCAAGACAAACCUGGUGGAGUAUAACGACACCGUGACGUUCACGUGCCACGCCAGCGGCACUCCACUGUGGUUUUCAUGGCAGAACGGCAGCUCUGCAGUCACAGCGGGAGAAAGAGUUCAGCUCAGCAACAAUGGACGAAAUCUCGUCAUCAGUGGUGUGAGCCGGUACGACGAAGGUCCCUUCAAGUGUGUUGUGGUAAACAACAUCAGCAAUGGAGAGAGUAGUCAAAUUAAUUUCACUAUAAGCUAUGGGCCCAGUAACCUAAGAAUUACAGCCUCGCCAGACAGCAUGGCAUUGUCUUCUGGUUCGGCCAUGUCUCUGUCAUGCUCUGCUGAGUCCAAACCAGCAGCUUCUUUCUACUGGACUUACAACGGCAAUCCUCUGAAUGUCUAUAGUUCGAGUUAUAAUCUUAGAGACACUACUGUGAACAUGACUGGACUGUACACCUGCGUUGCCCAAAAUGAAGUCACGCUCAGAUCUGCUGCAGUGACAAAAACUAUUCGUAUAGUUGACCCAAUCUCAGCAGUGUCAGUGAAUCCAUCAGGCUCUUCAGUAGAACACAUGCCUUUUAAUCUAAGCUGUAAUGUUGUGGGGACAGUGGACUCCAUUCAGUGGAUGAAGAACGGGGUGUACCUGUACGCCGACAAUACGACCACUUUUUUCAAUGGCAACUCAACCUUGAGUUUUAAAAAACUCGCUCUUAGUGAUGACGGACUGUACCAGUGUGCCGCUAGUAAUGCUGUCAGCAACACUACCAUCCAGGAUUACAACCUGAUGGUCAACUAUGGCCCAAUCAACACUACAGCCUCUGGUCCAAAUGUAGCCGUAGUGGGAUCCAGCGUGACAUUCAGCUGUUCCUCUGUCUCUCGUCCUCAAAGUCAAUACAGCUGGCAUUUCAAUGGUUCAAAAGUAGCAGAUGGCUCAGUGUAUGUGACUGCAGCUCUCAAUAAAAACCACAGCGGACUGUACACCUGCAUGGCCUUCAAUAAUGUCACAGGCAUUAGCAGCUAUGCCUCAGUGCAGUUAACUGUACUUGCUCCUGUCACCAAUGUUAUGGUUAACAUGGCCAAUCAGCAACCAAUCUUCAACCAGUCCUUCACACUAACCUGCACUGCCAGUGGAGAUGUUGAGCACAUUCAGUGGAUGAAGAACGGCAUGUUCCUGUAUCCUGAAAAUGGAAUCACUUUCUCCAAUGACAAUUCCGCCUUAAGAUUCCAAAAUCUCUUUCUCAAUGAUGACGGACAUUAUCAGUGUAAAGCAAGCAACGCUGUCAGCAACUCAACCAGCCACGCCUAUGACCUGAUGGUCAACUAUGGUCCAUGGAACCAGACAGUCACAGGCCCUCUCAUUGCAGCGACUGGGUCCAGUGUGACCUUUAACUGUAAUGCAGUCUCUCGUCCUCAAAGUCAAUACAGCUGGUUCCACAAUAGUUUAAAAGUGGGAGAUGGUCCAGUGUAUGUGACUGCAGCUCUCAAUAAAAACGACAGCGGACUGUACUCCUGCAUGGCCUUCAAUAAUGUCACAGGCAUUAGCAGCUUUGCCUCAGUGCAGUUAACUGUACUUGCUCCUGUCACCAAUGUUAUGGUUAAUAUGGACAAUCAGCAACCAAUCUUCAACCAGUCCUUCACACUAACCUGCACUGCCAGUGGAGAUGUUGAGCACAUUCAGUGGAUGAAGAACGGCAUGUUCCUGUAUCCUGAAAAUGGAAUCACUUUCUCCAAUGACAGUUCCACCUUGAGAUUUCAAAAUCUCUUUCUCAAUGAUGACGGACAUUAUCAGUGUAAAGCAAGCAACGCUGUCAGCAACUCAACCAGCCACGCCUAUGACCUGAUGAUCAACUAUGGUCCAUGGAACCAGACAGUCACAGGCCCUCUCAUUGCAGCGACUGGGUCCAAUGUGAUCUUUAACUGUAAUGCAGUCUCUCGUCCUCUAAGUCAAUACAGCUGGUUCCACAAUAAUUUAAAAGUGGGAGAUGGUCCAGUGUAUGUGACUGCAGCUCUCAAUAAAAACGACAGCGGACUGUACUCCUGCAUGGCCUUCAAUAAUGUCACAGGCAUUAGCAGCUAUGCCUCAGUGCAGUUAACUGUACUUGCUCCUGUUACCAAUGUAAUGGUUAAUAUGGACAAUCAGCAACCAAUCUUCAACCAGUCCUUCACACUAACCUGCACUGCCAGUGGAGAUGUUGAGCACAUUCAGUGGAUGAAGAACGGCAUGUUCCUGUAUCCUGAAAAUGGAAUCACUUUCUCCAAUGACAGUUCCACCUUGAGAUUCCAAAAUCUCUUUCUCAAUGAUGACGGACAUUAUCAAUGUAAAGCAAGCAACGCUGUCAGCAACUCAACCAGCCACGCCUAUGACCUGAUGGUCAACUAUGGUCCAUGGAACCAGACAGUCACAGGCCCUCUCAUUGCAGCGACUGGGUCCAAUGUGACCUUUAACUGUAAUGCAGUCUCUCGUCCUCAAAGUCAAUACAGCUGGUUCCACAAUAAUUUAAAAGUGGGAGAUGGCCCAGUGUAUGUGACUGCAGCUCUCUCGCUGAACGACAGCGGACUGUACUCCUGCAUGGCUUCAAAUAACAUCACAGGCAGCAGCAGCUACGCCUCAGUGCAGUUAACUGUAAUAGAUGCCAUCACUUCAGUGGUAGUGACCCCUGAUCGUCUCAAUCCUCUGGCUUCUCAAAGUCUGCAGCUCAAAUGUAAUGUGAUGGGUCCCUACAACAAAAUCUACUGGCUUAAAGACAACCAGAAUUUCCAGCCAUCAGACGGAGUUACUUUUUCAGAAGAUAAUACCAUUGUGACCUUCAAAUAUCUGAAGACCGCCGAUGAUGGGCAAUAUCAGUGCGUCGCCACAAACAUAAUGAAAGAGCAUGCCAGUGAACCAUAUGGUCUUAUGGUCAUCUUUGGACCACAGAGUGUGCAGAUCAUUGUACUUCCAGGGAUUCCCACCAAGUUGACAUGUCAAGCACUGUCUCAGCCACCAGCUGUGUAUCAUUGGAUCGAAAACAACACAGUAGUGGGAAAUCAGUCUACCAUAGAAGUUCCCAUAAAGUAUAUCCUGGGCAGCAAUUACACCUGUGUGGCCAAAAACCCUUUGACCAAUGUGACGGUCUACACCAGCCAAGUCGUCAAUAACCCCAAUACUGCUGUCAGCAUCCAGGCGAGUGUGUUGCUGACUGCUCUCAUCGCUCUCCUGCUCCCUCUGCUUGAAUUAUGGCUCUAAUACUCAUAUUACUGUCAGGAAGAACAUGGUAUUUCUGAAUGAGGCAUGCAGAUUAGUUGAACUGCUCAAAUUACUUUUUGAAAGCCAGACAUAUAAGCAUUCAUUAACGGAACACUAUUUUGGCAACUAAAAAAGGGGGUUGCAUUUUAAAGGAACCAUACUGCAUUAUUUGCCUAUAUUUAUUUUCUAAAAAUGAUAUAUGUGGUACAUUUAUUACUAUCAUUAAUUGAACAGUACUUUAAUGAAUCACCCAUUUAAUAUGCUUUAUAUACUCUAAAUUAAAGCUGAACCUCAUAGAUGCUUCAAACACAACUAGUUCAUGUUUCUUAUCUCGCAAUUAUGUAAUCUUCUCUUGAAGGAAAAUGAUAUGCCUACAGUGUGAUUUAUGUAUUUUGUGAUUAUUUAAAAGAUCAAAAAAUGUGAAAUGUUAUAUA